AUGUCAAAAGUCACCGCAGCCGUCAAGGCAACCUUGGUCGGAACCCAGGAGGAGGAGCUUUCAGUGUCGCAGCAGAUCAAGACCAACUUCAUACAACAUGCGCGCAAGGAUGAGAGCUCCGGAGAGCUCUACAUGACCGAAGACGAAUUCGUCGAUGCCAUUGCGCCCAAACAUCAAGAUUAUCACAAAAUCCGACGUGAUCAAUAUGGAAUCCUUUUCCGCGUCGCAGAUCGCAGAAGGGAGGGACGUAUCAAUUUGACCGACUGGGCCGCAUUCGAGAACCUCUUAGCAAAGCCCGACGCUGAAUACGAAAUUGCGUUCCGUUUGUUCGAUGUGGAAGGAACUGGCGCGAUCAAAUUCGAGACCUUCAAAAAGCUGUACGACCAGAACAAGGGAUCCGAAACUAUCCCGUUCGACUGGAACUCCGAGUGGGCUUCGUUGUAUAUCGGAAGAAAGAAAACUCGCCAUGACAUGACCUACCCUCAAUUCGCCCAGAUGCUUCGCGGACUUCAAGGAGAGCGUAUACGCCAGGCAUUCCACCUUUUCGACAAGGACGGUGAUGGAUAUAUCGCACCAGAAGACUUUCAGCGCAUUAUCCUUGAGACCUCGAAACAUAAGCUUUCCGACUACCUCCUAGAACACCUCCCUACCUUGUGUAACAUAUCGUCCGGAAGCAAGAUUUCCUACGCCAACGUGCGCGCCUUUCAAAAUAUCAUCCGUGAGAUGGAUAUGAUUGAUGUUAUUAUUCGGGAGGCAACCAAGAAGAGUUCGGACGGAAAGAUCACCCGUGCCGAAUUCCUCAAUGAAGCCGCGCGCAUCACACGUUUCUCGCAAUUCACACCCAUGGAAGCGGACAUUUUGUUCCACUUUGCAGGCUUGGAAGCUCCUAGCGGGAGAUUGUCCUUGAAAGAUUUCGCAAAGGUGAUUGAUGCGUCGUGGCAAACCGCCGAUCGCGGCCUAGAUAACCUUUCCGGAGGAAUCGCCAAAGUGGAAGAAAAUGCCAAAUCGUUUCUGCAGAGUCUUCUCGAGUCCGCCCACCACUUCGGUCUUGGAAGUAUUGCAGGUGCCUUUGGUGCCUUCAUGGUCUACCCCAUUGACUUGGUCAAGACCCGCAUGCAGAAUCAACGUAGUGCUCGACCGGGAGAGAGACUGUACAACAACUCCAUUGAUUGCGCCAGAAAGGUCAUUCGCAAUGAGGGCAUCCGUGGUUUGUACUCCGGUGUCAUUCCGCAAUUAAUCGGUGUUGCCCCUGAGAAGGCCAUCAAAUUGACGGUCAAUGACUUGGUCCGUGGUUACGCUACCGAUAAGGAGACUGGCAAGAUCAAAUUGCCAUGGGAGAUCCUGGCUGGUGCCUCUGCCGGUGGUUGUCAAGUCGUUUUCACCAACCCAUUAGAAAUUGUCAAAAUUCGUCUCCAAGUGCAAGGUGAGCUUGCAAAGAGCGUGGAGGGAACCCCGAAACGCUCUGCGAUGUGGAUUGUCCGAAAUUUGGGUCUUGUUGGGUUGUACAAGGGUGCAAGUGCCUGUCUUCUUCGUGAUGUCCCGUUCUCUGCUAUUUACUUCCCUACCUACGCGCACUUGAAAUCAGACUUCUUCGGAGAGACCGCCACACAUAAACUCGGUGUUUUGCAACUUCUCACAGCCGGUGCUAUCGCUGGUAUGCCUGCAGCGUAUCUGACCACGCCAUGCGAUGUGAUCAAGACACGUCUGCAGGUAGAAGCACGCAAGGGAGAAACAAAAUACACCUCUCUGCGUCACUGCGCGUCUACCAUCAUGAGGGAGGAAGGCUUCAAGGCUUUCUUCAAGGGCGGCCCAGCUCGUAUUCUCCGAUCAUCACCUCAGUUCGGUUUCACACUAGCCGCAUAUGAGGUUUUGCAAAAGGCAUUGCCGUUACCUGGAUCCGAGGAUCACGGCGCGCCUAUUUCCACGGCUGGAACGUCCUCGGUGCCAUCAACCACCGCCCCACUUCCCUACCUUCGAUCAAGAAAUGCUCUGAAAUUGAUUCUUGAUCUUGACGAGAAUUUUGGUCGCAUCAAAGUGCCCGAAGGUGCUUCACUUCCCAAAAUAUUCGGCGGAUCUAAGCAAUAA